AUGUUAGCGAAAUUAUGGUCUUCAAAUGUGGCAUAUAGAGCAGGUUCUCGAGUAUCCUCGGGUUCUCCCGUCCAACUACGACCGAGGCCGUACACUAGGAGUUCUCUGGUGACUGAGGAGGAUGGGAACGACUGGCGUUUCAGGCUGGUUAUAGCUUUUGUCGCAUUUAUCCUGCUUUCUGCCGAUUUAUUGAUCGAAUUCGGCUCGGGUUCGUCUGACGUCGCGUCGGGGAACAUGAUCGCCACUGGGUACGGGGCUGCCGGGAGGUCACAGCCACUGGAUGUGAGAAGGAACAGUGACGGAACGUGGAGCCCGGCAUUACGCUCUCAACGUAUUGUGAAUGCUACGUACCAAGUCUACGAGGUGGACCUGGUACCUGAUGAAGCAUGGGGAAUCACUGAGCGGGACAUACAAGUCAUUCAGAACACCAGAGAGGCGGUCGAGGCUGACGGACAAAUCAUCACUUCGGCCAUUCCGGAGCAAUGGAUGCUAACAGGAAAUGGCAGAGAGUUAUGGUUCACAGGCUUUGCCGGGACGGCGUUGGUGAAAGACGACAAGUUGCUGUUCACUAAUGGCUUCGAAUCAUUCGUCCUGCUGGAAACAAGCUGGACAGGGGAGGCGUCAAUCGCAGUCACUGAGAUAGUGUCCAAUCUCCUAUUUGUCACUAAGAUACAAUUUUACAGUGACCUCAACAUCACUGUAACUGUUAGGAUGGACAAGUUACCACAGUUGAUGCUCGACUGUGACGGGAACACCGAAUAUCCAGCAAGCUGGCAAGUUGUUUGUGUGGACGUCAGUAUUAGGCCAAGUGAGGUUGUAAGGCACGAUGGAAACCUGUUGCCGCCCGCCUUGACAACCCUCAAAAGCCAAAGUAUCACAAUAGACUACGGCAAGAGGGUCGAAAUGGAAAUACCAUGGGCCAUAUUCGACGAGGUGGACAGCCGCCCGUCUAGUUCUUUUGACCGCAGUAUACGCACAGAGACUUUUAACGGGGAGAAUGCCACUCUCGUCGUGACACAGAGGGCGGGAGUGCUUAUGAUGCGAGAGGGGCGUCAGGUGACAUGUUGCCUUAGUGUGAUAGCCACAUCGACAACAGGGGGCUUCCUGCUUGUAGAAUGCAGGACGGGCGCAGCGAAAGUGAGGCGGAUGCCAUGUUCAAAGCGUUGCAGUUAG